UCUGUUGAGCAGCGUAACAGCUAAGUUGUUGUCGUGAGCAUAUUUUGGAGACUUAUCGACAGAAGCCCCUCGAGCAGUUGCACACAUACUAAUGCACAUAUUAUACAUGCAUAUAUGAGUACGUGUUUUGUAUUUAUGCGUUAGAAGGCGAAGUUCGCUCGACUGUGAGAAUUGUUGCGCAUUUGCUAUUUGGCGCGUGUUGUGAAAUAAAUUUGGAUGGAUAACAACAAUAAAAUAUUUUUAGUGUCGGUUGUUUAAUCGAAGCCAGUAACAAGUCGCAGCUAGCAGACAAACAAUCUCGACACUAACGAUGGAACACAAAACGGUGCCAAAUGAAAAUAACAAUAACCAUAGUCACUAUGGUCAUGACCACGAUCGAUCAGCUUCACCCCAUCUGACUAAAUUAAUUAUACCUGUGAAUGAUAAAAACUCAGCGACUGCGAAAAAAAUAUAUAACACGCCACAAAUCCCAGAGAAUGGCGCGGCGACGACGGAGAAACGAGCAAAGAAGAAGCGUCGCGACAAAAGUGAUCUGGGCGAAGAUUUUGUAGCGCCCGAUGGAGGUUGGGGUUGGCUGGUCAGCUUUGCCAGCGGUAUAGCAGUGAUGGUAACAUUUGGAUUGGCACAGCAAUUCGGCAUUAUCUUUCGAGAUUAUAUGUACAGUAUUGGCAUCACGAGUUCACAACUGACGACCAUUAUCAACACACAGAUUGCCGUUUCGGCGUUAACAGGUCUUCUUAAUGGACCUCUCUUCCGGCGGUAUACAUAUCGUCAAGUAGCGUUUGGUGGCGCAGCACUCAUCUUCCUAGGCAUGUUUUUGUCAGUAUUCGCUCAAUCAUUCCUCUUUUACAUGAUGUCUUUCUCAUUCUUUUAUGCCUUCGGCCGUGGACUCAUGGUAUCCGCGUCUUCAAUGGCUGUCAAUACAUACUUCAAAGUGAAACGUCGCACUGCCACCUCAUAUCAGUUUGGAGUAGCUGGAAUGGGCCCAAUUAUCUUGCCUCAUCUCGCCACGUUUCUAACGGAGACGGUUGGCGUAAAAGGCACCGUUCUAAUCUUCUCCGGUCUCUCAUUACACAACUUUGCCUGCUCGUUGAUUUUCCAGCCGGUGCAGUGGCAUGUGAAAAAGGUUAAAAGUGACACUGAGGCAAUGCGUCCAGCUUCCCAGCACUUCGAAGAGGAAGAGCCUGAACAAUUUGUUGAGCCCGAUACACAUAGCUUGGCACGUGCCAACGAUGGCUGGUAUGGUUCGCGCACCUCAAUAAACACGCUCACCUACCGACAACGCCUAGGCACUGGCGAUAGCAUACAAAUGCAACGUCUUAGACGUCUGAGCAGCAUUGGUGUAGGCCGAGCGAAACAACGCUCCUUCUCGACCAGUGAGAGUAUCAAAGAGAAUGAAUUGGAGCAUUUACACAUUGAAUCUAUGCUGCCGACUAAGCUGGAAUAUUUGAAUGAAGGACAGGUGGCACUGCAACAUAAACAAUUACAGCUUAGUGAGAAGGAAUACUCCGCCCCCGAGAAGACGCUAGCUGAAAUGAUAGAAGAAGAGGACGAGGCUCGGCGAAAGUUACCAUUCCUAAAGAAGGUCGUCAUAUUCUUCGAUUUAGAUCUGUUGCGUGAUUUCACAUAUGUCAACUUGGCCAUGGGCAUGACGAUAAUAAACUUUGUGGAAAUUAAUUUCGCUAUUUUGACACCAUUCAUUCUGUCCGACUUCAAAUUCAGUAACACACAAAUCGCCAUUGCUAUGUCUUGUCUAGGUGUUUGUGAUGUCAUAUUACGAUUCCUUACACCUUUGCUUACAGCGAAAAUUCCUUUGAGCAAUAAAAAUUUCUUCAUUAUUGGCAUCCUGGGCAUGUGUUUUGGGCGGGUAUUUCUCGUGUACUGUCGUAAUUUCUAUUGGUUAAUGGGUAUUUUCGGAUUUUUGGGCCUAUUCAAGGCAUUCCGCACAAUCUUUGCGCUCCUCAUCAUUCCUGGCUAUGUACCUUUGAAGCGCUUGCCCGCUGCUGCCGGGCUACAGUUACUGAUGUCCGGUAUUUUCUCUCUGGUCUUUGGUCCAUUGGUUGGUCUUAUACGUGAUGCAACGGAUUAUGGCUACACUUUACAUUUUCUAAAUGGACUGAACAUUAUUGCGAUUACAUUGUGGAUAGUGGAGGAUAUUUUCAGAAAGAACAAGCCAACGUUAGAAUAAUAUUAUUUUAGGCAAUAUAAAUAUGAGUAUAAACAUAUUUAUUUGUCUGUCACUGUUUAAACGUUCCUGCCAUAUCGAAAUCUGUAUAUAUUUGUAUAUAGUAAAAACAUUCACAAAAGAUCAUUUAAUUUUUAAAUUUUGAAUAGUUUUUGCCAAAUAUAAAUUGAUAAGUUUUAAAAGUUUGCACAAGUAUUGUGUUGAAAAUUCGUUAAAAAAUGUUUACUUUUGAAAACAAUUGUAUUCUUAUGUUAUUAUAUAAUAACUGUUGUUAGUUUUUAUGUAUGUAUUUAUAUAUUUAUGUAUGCGAAGGCCUUAAGUUUAAACUGAAA